CACACAAUCGCUACUCCUAUCCAAUUUGGAGCCAACAAAAUCAAACAUCAUCCUGCUACACUUUGUUUUAUAUCGACGAUUUUUGUACAUCCCAUGUACGACCAAGCCGCGGCGAUAGCGACAAAAUUUCAACACUGGCACUGUUUUUCGAAUGUGUAUUGACGCCGAGAACCACAACAAGUGGUUUGUGCCGGCGAAAUGCAUUUCCAACCCUAGCGAACUGUGGUGGGAGAUGAAGAAGGCGGUUGGGCUGGGAAACUUCCGGCUAGAAAUGCAGCACAAUAUGUAUAGUAUCCAGACCGACUGCAAAACGGAUCGUUCUCUGGAUGCUAUACUCCGCACUUUUUUACAAGAGCAGUGAAAGACGACCUGCUUUGGGGGUGUCAUGGGACCGGUAUCUCGCGCGUUGGAUCACGGCCGCUCGAAUUUCGUUUCUACCUAGCAGCAAUUGCUGCUCUUUCUCAACUUCCAAUCGAAAAUCAUAUCAACACCUGGCAUUGCAGGUGGUGCAAUCGAUUGAUGUCUGUUAUAAGCCUCGCUUAAGCCUGUAU